CUUCCGUACCCAAUUUGACGGGACGGCGUUUGGCCGCUAAACCUGGAUUUUACGCAAUCGAAGGUCUGUAGAACGAGGGAUGGAAGAAGUCAAAUUAUCACCUGCGCCAUUUUUCCUUUCCCUUCGGUUUUCGUAUAUCCGGUGGCAGGAAAAAUGGUCGUAUGCUCCAUAAAAAUGUUACCUUUUUUUUUAUUGUAUAUCCACAAGUGAGCAUUCUCAUCACUCUCCAGACUCAGCAUGGAUAAACGGUCAGCAACCGAGCUGAUCGCUUCCGACCAGGAACUUCCCAAUCCAGCCAUGUUCGGCAAGGAACUUCAAUUACAGGAAUGCACCCUUGGAUUAUUUCUUUGUUGAUCGACCUCUCAGCUCAUUCUACUUCUCCCCCAUUUUCUUUUUUUGUCCUUUUUUACUUUAUGUCUCUUGGCUUCAUUAAUCGAAAAGCAAAUGGGAGCAGGAGGGGAAGGGAAACAGCAAAGAAAAGGAAAGGCAUAAAAAAGAAAAAAGGAAUCAACCCGCCUGAUCGCAAUCAUAGGGUCAUAGAUCCUAUGUGCAUCAAAUAAUUGCCGCCUCCCAUGCCCGAGGGUUCCGAUACGAACCAGGGUCGCACCUUGAUCCCCCUUCGGCACUAUCCCAGUUACCGAGUGCAGCCCAGGAUUCAAGUGGGGGGAUCCAGCAGUAAUCCCAGCGACUUACUAGACUUUCUAGACUAGUCGCAUCGCGAUAGCCAUCCAUACUCACAUACCCAGUUAGAUCAGUGAAUCCUUGGGUAAGCUCCAUAAGGC